AUGGGAGACCCCUUUGGCAUCACACAGGAGGUGCUUGGGAAGCUAAGAUCCCUCGCCAUCCAAGAAGCAGUUGCGAUUUAUGGUGUCGAGGGCCAAAUCAGCGAGCUUAGAGAGACGUUGACUGCCAUCAAGGCAGUGUUGUCGGAUGCGGAGGAGCAACAGACGAAGAAGCACGGCCUGCAAGUGUGGCUAGAUCAGCUUCAAGAUGUAUUGUACGAUGCGGAGGAUGUGCUUGAUGAACUCGAGUGCGAAGCCUUACGAAAGAAGGUGAUAAGUCGCUAUGGGGGCAUCAAAGAGAAGGUAUAUCGCUUCCUUUCCCUCUCUAAUCCACUCAUAUUUCGUGUGAAAAUCAGUCAUAAAAUCAAGGCGAUUCAGGAGAGAUUAUCCAGAAUUUCUGCCGAUAAAGAUCAAUUCGAUCUUUUCCGGAGUGAUGACAAUAGUGAGGCACAUAUGCCACUACGAGAGAUCACUGACCCGUUUGUAAGGAAGUCGAAUAUCGUCGGAAGAGAUAGUGAUAAAGAAAUGAUAAUUGAGAUGUUGUUGCCUUCGGUAGAUGACAAAAACAUCUCGGUGAUUCCCAUUGUUGGAAUAGGAGGUUUGGGCAAGACGACCCUAGCAAAAGUAGUUUACAAUGACGACAGGGUGAAAGAGCAAUUUGAAUUGCGAAUAUGGGUGUGUGUGCCCGAGGACUUUGACCUCAAGAAAAUCAUUGAAGAGAUCAUUAAACAUGCAACUGGUCAAAGUAUGAGUGACGUUGAUAUUCGGCAGUUGCAAACUCAUUUGCUAGACAUCAUCAAAGACAAGAAAUAUCUACUUGUCUUGGAUGAUGUAUGGAGCAAUGACCACAGGAAAUGGAAAAAAUUGAGAGAUUUGCUCAGUGAAGGAGCUAGUGAAAGCAAGAUAAUUGUGACAACACGCAAUUCAGAAGUUGCUUCCAUAAUGGGUACCCAUCCAGCACAUAAUCUAAAAGGUCUUUCUCAUGAAGACUCUAUGGCCCUGUUGAAAAAAUGUGCCUUUGACGAAAAAGAAACGCAACCACGUCUCGAUCUCCUUGAGAUUGGAAAAGACAUUGUCGCAAAAUGUCAAGGAGUUCCUCUCCUUGUGGAAACUCUGGGGAGCCUACUGAAUUCAAAGGAUGAUGUUGGGGACUGGAUUCGUAUAAGGGAUAGUGAAACAUGGGAGUCAGCGGAAGCGAAAGAGGAUAUUUUGCCGGUUCUUAAGCUUAGCUAUGUUCAUUUACCCUCUCACUUAAAGCAAUGUUUUCCUAUCUUGUCACUUUUCCCCAGAGGAGUUCAAUUCCAGGCCUGGCAUUUAAUUGGGCUAUGGAUGGCUUUAGGACUCAUUAGUUCAAAAAGCGAAAAACUAGCACCGGAAGACAUUGGUGUUGAGUAUGUCAAAGAGUUGCGGAGGAGAUCUUUGAUCCAAGAUGUUGAGGAGCAAGGAACAGUAUUAUUUUUUAAAUUGCACGAUUUGGUCCAUUCUCUUGCAACGAAUGUGGGACAACAAUAUUGUUUGACUGUUGACUUAGAUACUCCAGAGAUUUCAGAAAAAAUUCAAUGCAUUUCGCUCCCUAACGGUUCGUUAGAGGGAAUCUCAAACUACGAUGGAGUCCCAUCUUUUCUGGGAAAGAAAACUUAA